AUGAGCGCUGGGGCAUUACCACCAGACAAGUCAUCCCUUUUUACUAAGGCGCUACUCGCACAGUCUCCGCGUUUCCAUCCACAUUGUCACGGGCACUUGUACGCCGGGCGUGGCCGGCCGGACGUGCGUCACAUAGCUUGUUGGAGAGCUGUUACAGUUCGGGCAUUUCUGCAGGGCCGGGUUUACAGUGGGGCUCUAUCAAACACCCGGGAUUUCAGAAUCCGUAUUCUCCUUACCCUUAAUGACUGGAUUCCUGCUAGCACCUGA